AUAUAUAUGUAUAAUUGUUCUCGCAAAAAUUCUUGAGUAUACUAUCUGUCACUGUAUAUAUAAUAGCAAAUCUGCGCCAAAACGAAAACAGUCGCGACUCGCAACUAGCCCGCACCCCGCACCUCGUGUUCGUACGAUAGGUAGCGGUAAUAAGCCAGUUAGUUACACAGGCCUGCGCAGGACGCAAAAGUAUAGAAAGCUCGUGCAAUCCUAGCCAUCGAAAAGUCCAAAGAAAAAAAUAUUUAUUUAACGUAUAUUCCAUCCGUAUUCGCGAGAUUUGAAAGUUUUUUGGGAUAGAACAAAAUAUAUCUCACACUUUCAGUAUCAACAUUGACAAUGUCGGAACGUAACAAACGUCCUUUGGAUGAAACAGAGUCAAUAAAUAAUGAUAAUCACAAUGAAGAUGAAAUAGAAAGUGAUUCAAGUAUGUUUAAGAAUUAUACAGAAGAGCCUAUGUUGGAAGACGAAGAAAUGCCAACGUACAUCAGUAUGUCGAGUUCAUCGAAACAUGAUAAUUCAAAUCUUAGCCACAACUUGAAACAGCAGAACUCAUUAUUGCCAGAAGACAAACAUAGUAUAAAUUGCAUUCUUAAUGAACAAGAGGGAAAAGAUUGUGUAAUAUUAUCUGAAGAGGAAAGUAGCCACCUUUAUAAUGAUGAUGAAAAUGAAUGUACAGACAGUGAAGAUAUGAAUGAAAUGGAUCUCAGAAAUGAUAAUGCAUAUUAUCUCAAUGAAGGUAUUGAUACAAAAUAUCAGCAUGAUUAUUCAGAUAGAGCAUCUGAUGAUUGUAUCUUAAACAAUAGAUUAAAGCAGCAUUAUAAAGAGCGAAGUUCAUCAUUACAAGAUUUAAACAACUGUGAACACGAUGUUCACACACCGUAUAAUAAAAGAGGGCAAAGUUUAAAUAUUUUUAAUCACAAAUAUUUAAAUUUGCAAUCAAACCAAGUAGCAUCUGCUGCUUUACAUAAAACGAGGAUAAUACCACGCAAAUACCAACAUGUACAAAGUAAAGUAAAACAGUAUAUCAGAGAUAUCAAGGAACAAAAUAGAAAAUCCAAGGAAAAGCAUAUGAAAGGUCAAGAAUUCAUAAUAAAUAAAGACCAUAAGAAAAAUGAAGAUAAUAGCAUUGAGCAAGUGGAAGUAACAGGUAAAACAAUAAAGGACUAUGCAAAGAAAGUCAUUAAGGAUUUACAGAGAGAAGAAGCUGAAAAUGUUGAUAUAAUUUAUGACACAAUGCAGAUUACUGAUAAUAAUAAAAUAUCUGACCGAAUAAUUAGAAACGAAUGUUGGAAUACAGAAAAUGUUGAAUACAGUCAAACUCAAAAUAAAAAAUGCAAUGAGAAGUUAGAUGUUGAUGUGCACAUGGAGAAUAAUAAUACAGAAAUGGUUAAAGUAGACGAAAUUGAUAAUAGCAACGCAAGUUGCUCUUUAAAAAUUACAGAUGUUAAGAGUAUUCGUUUAGACCCAGACGAAUUACAAAAUUUUUAUUUCGCAAACACUAAUACAGACGAUCGACUGAAUGCUGAGAUUACCGAAUUGAAAUCACAAUUUAGACAAUUUCAUCAAACAGCAGUAGCGGAAAACAUGAGACUAAAACAGGAAUUAGAUGCAGUAAAAAAGUCUUUAGCAAGAUAUGAAAACGAAAAUAGCGCGUCCGGAACGAGAACUAAAGUGCAGGAUGAAAUGAUAGCAAUAUCUACUAAAAAUGAAAAUACUGUGGAUUCAAGAGAAAUGAACACCAAAAAUGUGGAUUCGAGAGAAGUGAACAACAAAGCAUCUGCAAGCAGUAUCGGAUCUGUAGUUAGUUCGAUCGAUCAUUGGGCAGAGAGUGCGUGCAGUCCAGGAAUAUCUAUUAAAUCACCUAAUUUAAAUUCAAUUCUCAGUUUAGAUGAUAGCAUAGUAUUAACCAAUUAUGUCACUCCAAAAAAAAUAAUCAAUCCAUUAUCACGGACGUUUGUCACUUCGACUCGAAUCUUGCAAACACUUUCAAAUAUAACGCAGGGUAAAACAAGAGUUGAAAGCCCUUUAGCUAGAAGUACUAAGCAACAAUUAAAUGAAAAUUUAAUACAAAAUCAAUCUCAAGAUCAGUCGUUUCAUGUCAAUUGUAAUUCAUCAAUUAUUACAAGUUCUAAGAAAAGAAAGGCAACGGAAUUUUUCCCCACUUUCGUCCAGCCCGUUAAAAUACCUCAUACAAGUACAAGAUUAGAAAUAAAAAAUGGUAUUAAUCCAACUGAUGAAGAAUGUAUAGUUCCUGACGAACAUGUAAAUCCGCAAUCGAAACAAGAAGACAAUAAAAACCUGAAUGUCUCUGCAUGCAUUGAAACUGAGAUUAAAUAUCUAAAUGAUGAUGGAGAUAAUGUAAAACGUUUCAUUUGCAAGGACGACAGUAAUAUUAGAAAUGGAAGCUUCUCAAUGCAAGCAGUAGAACCAAUAAAAGAUUUAAAAAGUGAAGAAAAUCGAAUCCAAGAAUGCGGUCCAUACUUGUUGGGUAAUCUUGAAGUACGAAUGUCUGAAGUAAAUGGUACAAUUAAUGUUUGGAGUAAAGAAAUAAACUAUGAAUCUGAAAACGAAAAUGACGACGAUAUAAAAAUAUUGGAAAAAUCGUCACAAAAAAAAACUUGUCGCUGGCCGGACAGAUCCCAAACUGGAUUUAAUAGAAGUCCACUUCAAUGUUCAACCAACAAAAAACAAAAAUUUCCAUCGCAAUAUAACAAACCUAACGGUUCUGAAUAUUGUAACUUAUCACUAAAUUUAGUAAAAGCAUCAUCUUUAGAAAAUAUCACUAACAAAAAACAUGAUGAUUCUGGCAGACAAAUAAGUUUAAGUGAAAAGUGCAGGUCACCACAGUGUCAAGAGAAGAUAUAUUCCUGUUGUACACAUAGCACCGAAACAAAAGACAAGAAACGAAAAGAUAGUGUAGGAACACAAGAAAAUGUGUAUAAAAAUAGGCACGUGUCAAAUUCCAAAUCAUUGACAGAUAGCAUAGAUAAUCAUGCGACUUCCAACACAUUUGGUCAGAAUCUACCACAUUAUAAUACAGAAGUUCCUCUGAUUCCAUCUAAACGAUUUAAUGAAACGACCAAAAUGAGACAACGAAGAUUGAGUGGUAAAAAAGUAAGAGGGAUCCUAGUGGAUCUUUUCAAAGGAUGUGGGAGUUGCCAUGAGAACAAUGCUACUAAUUUAAAUAGUAGAAAUAUGCAUUAUCAAAAAGGAUCAUGUCGUACAGUAAAUGAUAUUCCGCAGAUUAGGAUUUCUUCUCCAUCCAAACUCAUAUGUGACACUUCUACGCAAGACAAUAACAGGUGUUGUGAUGCACGUACAUGGAGGCUUGAAGCUCAGUUAGAAGAAAUACGAGCAGAGAUGGAAAGAAUGCAAUCGCGGUUAAUUGCAAUUGUAGAUAUGCUGCAUAAGCUUAAUUCUAUAGAUAACUAAGGCGUUUCUAUCUAUUAAGGUCUUUUUCAUUUUAUUAUUCUGUUUCCUUUUUCCUUUUUAUUUUCUUCAUUCACAAGAUCUGGAUUAUAUUAUUUCUUCAAAAAGUAGGUCAUCAAAUUAUUAAAAUAAAGUAAAUGACCAAAGAAAAGUAUUCUACUGUAUCAGAUACAUUAUUAUUUAAGCAAUACCCCAUACGAUGUAUGCAUAUGUAAUUCCGGAUGGAUUUUGUAUUAAAUAUCAUGUACUGAUAUGAAGAAAUUGUAUUAUAUUAUAAUAACAUUUGAUGUAUUAUAUUAUAAAACAUCUAGAGACUGAUGUAAAAUCGACAAUAAUAUGAAUAAUAAUAUAAGAAUA